ACCCACCACACAGAUUCUUCCCGCAGUCAGAGAGAUUGCAAUCGGCGUGCUAAUGGGAGUGAGAGGAGCCGAUGAACCGGCCAGCCGGGCGGGUCAUACCCUCGCUCCUCUUUCCAAGACCAAUACCAUGUCGUGUCAAAAUAAUACCCAGUAGCUAUUCGCCGUAGGGCCCCAUACUGUUAUUAUUUGUCUCCCAGCAUCAUGACGCGAAUAAAAUCUGUCGUUUUGGGGACGGCAAUACUCCCCGCUGUGCUUGCUCUUCCAAAGACCACACCGACACAUGCCCAUUACAGAGGACGGGGCUACGAUGCCAAUUCAACUUCAGAUCGCGCACAAGCGGUUGUUGACGUAUUUAGGACUGCUUGGGGUGGAUAUUACAAAUACGCAUUUCCACAUGACGAGUUGCAUCCCGUCUCGAAUAGCUUUAGCGAUUCUCGAAAUGCCUGGGGUGCCAGUGCCGUCGAUGCGCUCAGCACUGCACUUGUUAUGGGGCAGAAGGACAUCGUGAACCAGAUUUUAGAUUACAUCCCAACGAUAGACUACACGAAAACCGCAACUGAAGUCAGCUUGUUUGAGACCACAAUUCGGUAUCUAGGCGGCAUGCUAUCCGGUUAUGAUUUCCUGACUGGCCCUUUAUCAGAUCUCGCAGACAACAAAAACAAUGUCGACGCUCUCCUAAAGCAAUCAGAAACCCUCGCCAACGCCCUCUCCUACGCCUUCGAAACCCCCACCGGCAUCCCCUGGAACAACCUCUUCUUCACCAGCCGCUCCAACGACGGCUCCGCGAACGGCCUCGCCACCGUCGGAACCCUCGUACUAGAAUGGACACGACUCUCCGACCUUUCCGGCAACACGUCCUACGGCGCCCUAACCCAAAAAGCCGAAUCGUAUCUCCUGAACCCGUCUCCGCCAAGCUCCGAGCCCUGGACCGGACUCGUAGGCACCGAUAUCAAUGUCACCACCGGCCAAUUCCUAGACUCGACGGGCGGCUGGGUAGGAGGUGAUGACAGUUUCUACGAGUAUCUGAUUAAGAUGUUUAUUUACGACCCUUCGCGAUUUGCUACGUACCGCGACCGUUGGAUUCUAGCCGCAGACUCCACAAUUUCACACUUAACAUCGCACCCCUCUUCCCGUCCAGACCUAACCUUCGUCGCCAUGUACAAUGGCCGGAAUCCCUCCCUCAUCUCCCAACACCUUGCCUGUUUUGACGGCGGGAACUUCAUUCUCGGCGGCCAAGUCUUAGGGGUCCAGAAAUAUAUCAAUUACGGACUCCAGCUCGUAGAUGGAUGCCACGAAACCUACAUCGCGACAGCGACAGGAAUCGGGCCGGAAGUCUUCGGUUGGGAUAGCAAACGCGUGCCAGCGGACCAGGCUGAGUUCUUCAACAAAUCCGGGUUUUAUAUCCAAAACCCAACGUACGAUCUGCGGCCCGAAGUCCUGGAGUCGUUUUAUUAUGCAUAUCGGGCGACGGGGGAUCCCAAGUACCAAGACUGGGCUUGGGAGGGGUUCUUAGCUAUUAAUGCAACUACGAGGGUGGGAAGUGGCUAUUCUAAUAUCGAUAAUGUGAAUGUGGCGGGCGGUGGCGGUUAUGGAGAUUUCCAGGAGAGUUUUUGGUUCGCUGAGGUGUUGAAGUAUGCGUAUUUAAUUCAGGCAGCGGAGGCUGAGUGGCAGGUCAGUAAGGAUGGGAAGAAUGCGUGGGUUUUUAAUACCGAGGCGCAUCCUUUUAAGGUGGCUUCGUGAAUGAGUCGGGCGUAGUGGAAACCUGGUUGCGAUAUGUGAACGAA